CAGUAAUAAUUAACUUUACAUUUCAUAUGUUGUUACACAGAAUUCCAAAAACAUACUAUUUUUUUUUUCAAAGUUUAAAGCUGUUUAAAAUUUGUUAUAAAAGUGUUUUUCGGCCAUAAUGGUUAGUAAUUCGAAAAAUUACAGUCAUUCGUCUGUCAUUGUAUUGGUGUUAUUUCUUAUGAUUUCUAAUCUGUGGAUAUUGCCCGUGGAGAAUGCUAAGAUAUUGGCCGUGGAGACGCUUGGAUGCAAAAGUCACUGGAACUUUAUGAGCGCUGUGCUCCGAUCGUUAACGGACGCCGGUCAUAGCGUAACCGUGUUCACCCCGCUGACAGACGGCGACCGGACGAACUACACGGAAGUGGAUUUAUCCAAAAAUUUUCCGAUUCUAAUGGCUAAGGAUAUGAGGGAAACAUUGAACGUUUACCGCAAUCCGAUUGUAUACAUGAAUAUGAAGACUGGGUUGAACAAGCGAUAUUGUGACUCGGUUUAUGGGAACCGACAGUUCAAUGAAAUAAUCCGUAACCUCAACGCAGAUUUUGACGUGAUCAUAAUGGAACCAUUGAGCGUUGAUUGCAUGUCAUACUUGGCAAGCACACUGAACUUACCAAUAAUUUAUGUGAUCCCGUCCCCCAUGAUAACUUAUGCGGAACGUAUGUUUACCGGACAUCUCUCGAACCCUGCGGUUGUGUCUAAUUUAUUAGCACAACAAGCCGUUCCCAAGACGUUCAUCCAAAGAACCGUAAACACCGCUCUUUUGGUGUAUAGUAUGCUAGUAACUACAUACGAUGAAUGGGUGCUGAGAUUUACUAAUCCAAGAUUGUACGACUCGUCUCCGAAGGUCCAUCCAUCUGUAAUAUUUCAAAAUUCCCAUUACAUAACUGAAACUUCGAGACCAGUUGUGCCUAAUCUUAUUGACAUCGGCGGUAUUCACUUAAAACCAUCUAAAAAUAUACCACAAGAUAUAUUAGAUUUUAUCGAGGACUCGCCCCAUGGAGUUAUUUAUUUCACAUUUGGUUCAAUAAUUCAAUCAUAUACAUUACCAGAACAUAUUAUAAAUUCAUUCAAAGAAGCAUUUGCUAAUGUUCCACAAAAAGUUUUAUGGAAAUUUGAAGGUGAAAUGAAAGAUGUUCCAAAGAAUGUUAUGAUAAGAAAAUGGUUUCCUCAACGAGAUAUUCUUCUGCAUCCCAAAAUAAAACUAUUUAUCAGUCAUGGAGGUAUAUCCGGAAUUUAUGAAGCUGUUGAUGGCGGAGUUCCUGUACUCGGAUUUCCUUUGUUUUUUGACCAGCCGAGAAAUAUAGAUAACUUAGUUAAUGCUAAAAUGGCAAUAAGUAUGGACCUGUUCACAAUCAACAAAGAAAAAUUGUUAAAUAACAUUGUAAAUCUCAUUAAUAACGAAAAAUACAUGAGAAAUGCGAAAAUUGCCUCUCAACGUUUCAAAGAUCGACCUAUGUCACCAGAGCAAUCAGUUGUUUAUUGGACGGAGUAUGUUAUUCGCCAUAAAGGAGCAGAUCAUUUAAAAUCCCAUGGACUUAAUCUAACGUGGUAUCAAUAUUUUCUAUUGGAUGUGAUUGCUGUCAUAUUAAUAUUUAUUACAUUAGUAUUAUUCGUAAUUUAUAUAUUUUUUAAAUUGAUGUGUAAGUAUAUAAAUUAUAUACCUAAAUAUUCACACAAUUAUGUUAGAGCCCUUUUAAUUUGGCCUUGGAUUAAUAAUUUAAACAGUUUAAAAUAUUUACCAUUAUUAUGGUGAGUAGCAACAAUUACAUUUAAAUUUAAACUUGUAGGUACUAUUGUCACAAAAUUUUUACCAUUCCUAUUAGUUUUUAUGAUAAAGCUUGUCAUUGAUAUGAACAGAAAUUAUAAAAAUAGGUAAUAAUGUACCUAUUAACUGUUUAAAAUCUAAUUCAAAGACAGCUUAACCAAAAUAUUAUGUACAUAUAACAUAUGACUAGGUAACCUACUUAUUAUUUAUAUAAUUUUAUUUAAAAAAAACUAUACAUUGUAUUCUUGUAUUAACUAUUAGGUAUAUGUAUAUUAAUAUUAUAUAUAUUAUUAUAAUUAAGACUCAAACUAUUUCUUAUAUGCAUA